CUCGCUUGUUGUUCCCGCAGAGAGGGCAGAAGAUGGCGGCCGUGUCGAGCGGGGCUGCCGCCGCCGCCGGGAUACCGAACCCGAACCCGAACCGCGAGCGCCCACAACAGCAGCAGCAGCAGCAGCCCGCCUCCGCCGCACUGCACCCGGGCGCACACCGAUCCGCCGCCGCCGCCUGCCGCCCCCCCCUCGCGCGCGUCGGAUACUAUGAGAUGGAGAGAACCAUCGGGAAGGGCAACUUCGCUGUGGUCAAACUCGCCACACACAUGAUCACCAAAGCCAAGGUCGCCAUAAAGAUCGUGGAUAAGACGCAGCUGGACGAUGAGAAUCUGAAGAAGAUCUUCCGGGAGGUGCAGAUCAUGAAGAUGCUGAGACACCCACACAUCAUACGCCUCUACCAGGUGAUGGAGACGGAGAGAAUGAUAUAUCUGGUGACGGAGUACGCCAGCGGUGGAGAGAUCUUCGAUCAUCUGGUGGCUCACGGGCGGAUGGCGGAGAAGGACGCGCGGCGUAAGUUCAAGCAGAUCGUAGCGGCGGUGUAUUUCUGCCACUGCAGGAGCAUCGUCCACCGAGACCUGAAGGCAGAAAACCUGCUGCUGGACCACAAUCUCAACAUCAAGAUCGCAGAUUUCGGCUUCAGUAACCUGUUCUCUCGAGGGCAGCUGCUGAAGACGUGGUGUGGCAGUCCACCGUACGCCGCUCCAGAACUCUUCGAAGGGAAGGAGUACGACGGGCCCAAAGUGGACAUCUGGAGUUUGGGUGUGGUGUUGUAUGUCCUGGUCUGCGGCGCUUUACCCUUUGAUGGAAGCACUUUACAGAACCUCCGAGCUCGAGUCCUGAGCGGGAAAUUCCGGAUCCCCUUCUUCAUGUCCACAGACUGUGAGUAUCUGAUCAGACACAUGCUCAUCCUGGAGCCCAGCCGGCGGCUCUCAAUGGAGCAGAUCUGCAAGAACAAGUGGAUGAGGCAAGGAGACCCCGACCCAGAGUUCGACAGGCUGAUAGUGGAGUGUGAGCAGGUGAAGGUGGAGAGGGAAACAGAGCUGAUAAAUGAGCAGGUGCUGAUGGCCAUGGCGGAGAUGGGCUUAGACCGCGAGCGGAUCUUACAGUCUCUGCAUGCGGACUCAUACGAUCACUACAGCGCCACCUACAGUCUGCUGUCGGACAAACUGAAGCGCCACAAGAACCUGUGUGUGGCUCCUCCCACGCCCCGCCCCCUCUACCCGCUGCAGGAUCAGAGUAAUGCUGUCAGUAUGACGGUCCCACAGGUCCAGCUCAUCAACCCAGAGAACCAGAUCGUGGAGACGGACGGGCCAAUGGCUCUGGACAGUGAUGAGGGAGAGGAGCCCAGUCCAGAGGCGAUGACCCGAUACCUUUCCAUGAGACGCCACACUGUAGGAGUUCCAGACCCACGGGCUGAGAUGCAGGAGGAUCUGCAGAAGCUGGCCCCUGGGUUCCCACGUGUGGCCCCUCAGGCCCCGUUCCCGCCGCUGAUGCCCGCACUGGCACAGAUGCAGCUGAUGCCCACGCCGAGCAUGCAACCCGGCCAGCAGCUGGAGUACAAGGAGCAGUCUCUCCUGCAGCCCCCCACGCUGCAGCUGCUGAACGGCAUGGGUCCGCUGGGCCGGCGGGCGUCUGACGGAGGAGCAAACAUCCAGCUCCACACACAGCAGCUGCUGAAGCGCCCGCGGGGGCAGUCCCCACUCGUCACCAGCCCCCACCCGAUUCCCGCCGUGGCGCCGGUGGACGAGGAGGGAUCAGACGCAGAGCCGGACCCGGAGGCCGUGCAGAGGUAUCUGGCGAACAGCUGUAAGCGGCACACCACACACGGCCCCGCCCCCGGCCACACCCACAGCCCCGCCCUCGGCCCCGGCGGAGAGCUGUCAGACGCUCAGAGGGCCCGGCAGAGGGGCUGCUGGACCCCAGAACUACACUGCCGGUCGUCGUAUAAGGACUGUAACACUCUUCACCUGCCGAUGGAGCGCUUCUCUCCGGUCAGACGCUUCUCUGAUGGAGCCGCGACCAUACAGGCAUACAAGACCCAGCUGGAGAACAACAGCCUGAUCCGACAGCUCAAACAGGAGUGUGAGCAGCUGCAGAAGAUGUACGCGGCUCCGCAGGACGAGCGGCUGAUGGAACACACACAACAACAGCACGUCCUUUACCAGCAAGAACAGCAGAUCCUACACCAGCAAAUACAGGCUCUGUCUUUGGGACACGGAGAAAACCAGCCCAGCAGUCACCUGACAUACCAGCUACAGAGGUUGCGCAUUCAACCCUCCAGUCCUCCCCCAACGCACCCUAGCAACCACCUCUUCAGGCCAGCCAAUCAGAGUUCUCCUCCUCCUGGGGGCGGUGCGGGGCUGAUGCAGACGCAUGGCGGGCCUUCUGCAGUGCAGUAUCAGCAUGGCUCCGCCCUCUACCAGUCUCCCAGCGACAGCCCUCCCCCCACCAGCCUCCCCCGUAUGUCACUGGCCAAUCAGCAGCCUCCGGUGCCGCCAGGCUCCGCCCGCACACUAGCGCAGACCCUUCCCCAGCAGCAGGUGACCAUUCAGGUGCAGGAGGUGGAGCUCGGGGGCGGAGCUCAGCGACAGAGUUUCCUAGCAACGCCAUGUCACAGAGUUCUGGGCAAACAGCUGAGCGCCGACAACGCAGAGACCCACAGUCGCAGUUUGAGCCGCUUCCACACGUCAGCGUAUGAGCAGUUGAGUGCGCAGCUGUUGGGCGAGAGCGUGAUGGGCUCCUAUAACCCGUACCUGCAGGGGGCGUCGCUGAAGGUGCCAGGGCUGGAGGGGUACGGGUUGAGUUACGGUGGUCCGUCCGCACUGCAGCAGGCGCUCCUAUCACCCACGCCACUGGAGUACCGCCCCCCGCCGCAGGUCACGCCCACGCUGCAAGGUCUGCUGUCGCCGCGACACUCGCUGACAGGUCACGCUGACCACCGCCUGCCCCCACAGGAGCUCGCCGCGCUGCUGAAACGCCACAGCCGCCCGGCCCCGCCCACUGCCCCGCCCACCAUCCCACAGGACUAUGGAGAGAUGCUGCUGCUCCAGCAACUGGGCCAGGCUGCAGAGAGCUUAGACUCCACCCCUCCACAAGCCCCGCCCACGCAGCACUACCACCACCUGCUACAGAUCAGGACCCCACCCGAGUGCCCCACCCCAUCCCUCCCCCACUCAGAGAGCAUGGAGGAGGACGAGAUGCCGGCCUAUCACGAAGGCCUGCUGGCCAAAGCCGCCGCCCCCUGCACUGAGGCCCACGAGCUGCUGGCUCCGCCCCUCGGCAGCACCCCGCCUUACUCCUCCCCCACGCAUAGACACACCUACCUGCGCAGCGCCACGGCAACCAGAGAGUCGUGUGCUGACGCUGCAGACGCAGGAAUGGAGAGCGAUCAUAACGGCUACGGCUCGCGCUCAGCACAGAGCGACUCCUACAGGCCACGCGGAGCAUUACAGCGACACCACACCAUACAGACCUGCGACGACGCAUACGAGCAGGUGGAGCCGAUGUCUGGAAUGAGCUUAUUGGCUGGGAAAGCAUUAAGCUCCGCCCGCAUGUCAGACAUCCUCAGCCAAUCGUCUCUGACAGGAAGCCAGCAGCUGCAGCAGAGGGAGGGGCCAGCGUGUGAUGUGGAGGCAGAUGUCCACUCCUCCUCCUGUUAUCCGUCCUCCUGCACCACUGAUAUGCUGCUAAGCUACAAAACGCCUGAUCUGCAGUACAGCGUGGAGCAGGCCGGGGUCUAACGAACACAGGGGUGUGUUUGCUGUAUAAAGCUCAUAACCGUCUGCUGUGUUGUGCUGUCAUGCCAAAUCCUCAUCGUCUGUCUGUCGGGGUGCCGUGGGCGUGGCCAACGCUGGGGGGCGGAGCACUCGGCUUCCUCUUCGAUGCCAUUGGCCGUGAUGACCUGGGAGCUUCUCUGAUUGGCUGGGGCGAUUCCGUCUGUCUGCUGCAGCCCAAUAAUCAUCCGCCCCGCCCCCGCCCGAACACGCCCCCUUACCGUUGCCAUAGCAGCGCUCUCGUGCACUCCGAUGUACAAGGCAAACACAGAGUCUUAUGUAAACACACUCACACACACACACACACACACACACACACAGGAAGAGACGUCAUUACCAAACGCCACAAACCCAAAGUAUUGGAGGUGAAGCGGGAGGAUCAUUCCGGCGUGCGGACGCUCCCCGCUCGCGCUCUCUCCACCUCUGCUUUUAUUUUAUGGCUGAUGUUCUGUAGAGUUCUGAUCAUUACUGUUCUGUUCUGUCAGAGACGUUAUUAAAGAUGAUGAGGAUUAUUGAACCGUUCUGUGUUGCGGCGGGAGAAGCGCGUGCGGCGUGCGGCUCUCACACACUCAUCCUGCACUUCUGCUGUCCCUCACUCUCUAUUGA